AUGCAGCUCACCAACAUCGUUCUGGUUGCUCUGACCGUGUUCUCGAGUUCCGCCUUUGCCGACCCUCAUCGCAAUCUUAGCUGCAACUACUUGGGCAAGUACGACUGGCAGCUGACCAAGGCUACGUGCGAAGAAAACUUCAAGAGCAUGGCCAACUACGAUCAGGCGUCUGGCUGGUGUGUUACCAACAGCCACCAGCGCAUCGACGGCGACCGUUGGGAGAACGACUGUGCAUCCAUUGCUUGCCGUGGCUGGAGCCAGUACUACGAUAGGGACACGGGCGAUAGCAAGUAUCGUUACCAGGACUGCAACCGUAAGAGUAUCAAGGGGAUUGCUCAUGACUAG